UUUAUGGAGUCCGCAACUUAAAAACUGAUUUUGGGAAUUGGAAUGUCUUUCAAUGGCAUUUGCCUGAUGGGUUUUAAUUUAAUGUCCUUGCUCUGCGUCUCAGCCUUCUUAUAUCAAUCUUCAGCUUUGUCGACUGAAUCAGGUUUGGAGUUACUGAGUCAGGAAUUGUUGGAAUCGGCGAGGGAGGUUAAGUUCCUUGAAUGGAUAAAAGGAAUAAGAAGAAGAAUCCAUGAACAUCCAGAGCUUGGAUUUGAGGAGCAUAGAACGAGUCAACUCAUCAGGACUGAGCUUGACUCACUUGGGAUCAAGUAUAAGUGGCCUGUUGCCAAAACUGGAGUAGUCGCUUCUAUUGGUUCGGGAGAGAAACCAGUUUUUGCCCUCAGAGCUGACAUGGAUGCCCUUCCUUUGCAGGAAUUAGUGGAGUGGGAACACCAGAGUAAAAUUGAUGGCAGAAUGCAUGCUUGUGGUCAUGAUUCUCAUGUGUCAAUGCUUCUUGGAGCAGCCAAAUUACUCCAGCAAAAGAGAAAUGAAAUAAAGGGUACUGUGAAGCUUGUUUUCCAGCCAGGAGAAGAAGGUUAUGCUGGUGCUUACCAUAUGUUACAAGAUGGUGUUCUUGAUGAUGUGAAAGCUAUCUUCAUGUUACAUGUUUUACCUUCAAUUCCCACUGGCGUUAUUGCCUCAAGGCCUGGUCCAAUAUUGGCCGGUGCUGGACUUUUCUCUGUUACAAUUCGAGGAAAAGGCAGGCAUGCAGCAACUCCACAUAGUAGUAUAGAUCCAAUUCUUGCUGCAUCUUUUGCAAUCAUUGCUCUCCAACAGAUUGUAUCUCGAGAGUUGGAUCCUCUUCGUGCUGGUUAUGCAGGCACUCUAGUGAAAUAAUUGCAGAAGAUACUGCAGUGGGAUUAGUUAAGUAGCUGCCAUAUAAUAAUCAAUAGAAUUUAUUCAUUAUUCAUUUGAAAAUAUUUGUAAGUCGUCACAGUUGGGUUUGUAGAAGGAGGUCAAGCAAUAAAUGUAAUCCCAGAAUCUGUGAGAUUCGGAGGAACUUUCAGGAGCUUGACCGAUGAAGGCCUAAUCCACAUGAUGGAAAGGAUAAAGGAGAUCAUUGAGAUGCAAGCAAUUGUUCAUCGGUGUGCUGCUAUAUUGGAUUUUAAGGAAGACACACCACUACAUCCAGUCAUGAUUAAUAAUGAACCAAUGUAUGAGCAUGCAAAGAAAGUAGGAGAGAUCUUACUCGGGAAGCAGAACGUGCAGCUUCUUCCAGUGACCAUGGGAGCAGAGGAUUUCAGUUUCUUUUCCAAGAAGAUUCCUGCUACUGCAUUUGCUCUUGGGAUUAAAAAUGAGACGUUGAAAUCGGAUGUGCCAUUGCACUCACCUUACUUUUUUAUUGAUGAAAUGGCUCUUCCAGUAGGUGCAGCUUUUCAUGCUGCUGUUGCAAUGUCUUAUUUGGAUAGCCAUGUUGAAAUGCAUUAGAAAUAUGCAAAAGAAAUCUGUUCAUAUCAAGAUGGAGCAGCAUUUCAGUCUGCAUCGUCUUGGUUAACAUUAGUUCCCCCAUAAAUUUAGAAAAAUGAGUGGGGUUAAUUUUGCGAAUUUGUUAAACAUAUGUUCAUCAAAUUUGCAAAGUUUUGAAGCCCAAUUAAUUGAAA